AUGUUUAGUCCAUUUUGUUCUCUCUUGUUCUCUCUCGCUCGUUCUCUUUUUCCCUUUCUCUCUAUCCGUUCUCUCUCUUUCUCCCGUUUUCUCUCUCUCGUUCUCUCUCUCUCUCUCUCUCUCUCUCUCUCUCCCUCUCUCUCUCUCUCUCUCUCUCUGUCUCUCUCUCCGCUCUCUCUCCGUUCUCUCUCUCACGUUCGCUCUCUUCCGUUCUCUCUCUCUCUCGUUCUCUCCUCUCCGUUCUCCCUCUGCCGUUCUCUCCCUCGCGUUCUCCCUUUCGCGUUCUCCCUCUCUCGAUCUCCCUCUCUCGUUCUCCAUCUCUUGUUCUCUCUCUCUCUCUCUCUCUCUCUCUCUCUCUCUCUCUCUCUCUCUCUCUCUCUCUCUCUCUCUCUCACACACACACACACACUCUCUCGUUCUCUCUCUCUCUCUCUCUUGGUCUCUCAUUCUCUCGUUCUCUCGUUCUCUCUCUGUAAAUUUCACAGCUAA